GGGGCUCCAACCGAAUGCAAUGGACGACAAGAAGAAUUUGGUCACAGCCUUUGUACGGGAGAGGGCGCUGGAAUACCACGAUGCCUUUGGCAUUUCGGCGCCUACGAACGGCGGGGUAGGGCCGGAGGCAGCCCUACCGGCAUCCAGAGAUUUGGAAGAGGUUCUCGAGGCAUAUAAUGCGACCGCAGACAAGGAUAGCAGAUUUGAUGUCCAGCACUGCACCUGGGAUCGUGUAUUGGAGGAGCUCAACAAAGCCGAAGACCGAUAUCUGCAGCAAGGCCAAGGACCUGUACACUUUGUCCGCAAGGGAUUUCGGAUAGCAGGCGACUAUUCCAAUGCUAUAACCCCAUGGCUUGGUUUGAUUCCUUCUAGUAAUGGGUUGGAACUCUUAACUGCCGGCUUGACCGUCAUUUUCAGCAUAGCAAGGCAGAAUUCCGAUAAUCGGGGCAAGAUUCUCGGCGCAUUCCACAGUAUUCCGGCCAUCAUUUUGCGCACUGAAGAGCAGCAGAACCAGUUUGCGAAAGUCCAAGCUUUAAGGGAAAAGGCGAUCAACCUAUAUAGUGUCCUGAUACGGGCAUUGGCAGAGCUGAUCUUUCUAUUCGGUGGCAACAGGUCGGGAGCAUCCUUCAAAAACCGAGCAAAAAGGAUAGGGAAACGACUUAUCGCUCCUGCUUAUACUGCCAGUCAGAUUGACCAGAUUCUUAGUACGGUUCAGCAGAGCACGGAGGAAUUCGAGGCGUGUCGGGACAUGGUUAAAGCUCAGAUCGCCAUCGAUACCUACCAUAAUACGACAACCUUGCAGUCACAGGCAGCCUCAAUCCAGGGCCACACCCAGCAGAUAUCGAAUGGCAUUGGCGAACUGGCAUAUGAAGUGAAUGAUCUCAACCAUUCUGCACAACACACCCAUGUACAGCUUGAUGGGGUGCAGGACCAGCUGUCUGACCUGGUGGCACAAGUCGAGGCAGUUCGUGCCGAGCAAUAUAACAUGUAUCAGCCAGGAAUGGAUGCCCAGGCUGCCUUGUGUCAUUUCUUGCUGCAUGAUUUUCCUGGUAAGUCUUAUCCAACCCUCCCUGUACAUGCUGACUCCUACGACCAAGGCUUCUGGAACGCCGUGACAUCAGGGAGCAUCCCUAUGGGUCAAUCUCAAUCAUUUCUGUCGCGAAUGGAGCUAUUCAAGUGCAUGGGUGUUUCUCCCAGGGUGUCCAUUGACGAUACCAACAUCGUGCUGAAGCAACACAGUGCAUUCACUCCCGAAGCUCAGGCACAAAGCCAACAACUCCUGUCGUCGAUGGAGUUCUCCAGAUGGAUGCAAUCCACCCAUGCAGAAACGCUGUUCGUGCAAGGAAACUACUCCACGAUGGGACCUGGUCGGAUCUCGCCUCUUUCCGCCCUCUGUGCCACCCUGUCUCUCAAUCUAUUGAAGCACUCCAAUUCGAUUGUGCUGCAUUUCUUCUGCGGAGUUCACGAGGCUCCCGAUGAUCCUGUUGCUGGUCCCAAUGGAUUGAUUCGAAGUCUGAUUGCCCAACUGCUUCUCACCCGCUUCAUGUUUAACCUGGAUUUCAUCAACACCCGACCCUUCACGGAGCUGAUCGAGUCGCAUUCACUGUUUGACCUGUGCCACACAUUUCGUCAGCUGGUUGAGCAACUACCGACGACCGCCACCGUGAUCUGCAUUAUUGACGGGGUGACUCCGUUUGAGUCUGCUGCCUGGCUUGCGGACUUAUUGGAAGUCAUCCAUACCAUGAAUCAGAUCAUUAACAAUCCCGCCUUGCACCCCAUUGUCAAAUUACUGGUGACCACGCCGUUCGCUCAGAUGGGACAUACUGGGGAGGCCAUUCUGGCCCACCAUCGGGUGACGCUUCGAAAUAUUGGGGGGACACGUCAGGUCAUGUCCGACCGAUGGCUCUUGUCCAACAUGGGGCGUUUGGGUGAAUAUCGGACGAAGAUGCAGAACAGUCAUGGGAGAGGGGACUCGGAUGAUGAAUUCUAGCUCGGUGGUGUCAGUCGUGUCUUGUUGACCUUCCACUCUGUGAUGGAUAGUUGAAGAAAACCAGUUCCUGAAAAGCGAUGGUGGUCAACGUGACCGGAACACGUGGUUCUCGUACUUGGAGUAGUAGAUGUUUGACAAUACCUGUACGGAGCGGAGUAAUCAGUCCUACAUAAAAGUCCUCCACAGCCACCUGGCCGCCGUGGAAUCUCCAG